GGCGGAAUCAGCUGUAGAAAGAAACAAUAACACACCAACGAACGCCCCAAAAUGAGAGCUUACCUAUAAAUGUCAGUAAUUCCAGGAAAAAGAGGUAUCGUUGAGAGAGCGAGGGAUAGAUGUAGCACACUUAACGGUUGAGGUUCUUCACUGCAUUCUGCAAACUUGUUUCAGGGGAUCUCUUUCAGCUCUGCAGGGAAGGCGAGUGUGAAGAUGCUGCCUUUGUGUCAGCCGUGACACGCCAGCGAGUUGAACACAAAACAGUCGAGAGUUUUUUCCAGAGACCUAUCAGUCAUUUAACGGUUUUAUUUGGUCUCCUGCACCCGGUUUAACGGGAGCCGGGAGGGAACCACGCGCGGACUGGCAUGUGGGUCAAUUCUGGAAGCGUCGGAAGGGCCCUCUCCAUGGAUAUAGACACAGAUUAUGAGCGACCUAAUGUGGAGACCAUAAAGUGUGUGGUGGUAGGUGAUAACGCGGUGGGCAAGACCCGACUGAUCUGCGCCCGUGCCUGCAAUGCCACCCUUACUCAGUACCAGCUGCUUGCCACCCACGUGCCAACUGUCUGGGCCAUCGACCAAUACCGUGUGUGCCAGGAGGUGCUGGAGAGGUCACGAGAUGUGGUGGAUGAGGUCAGUGUCUCCCUCAGGCUGUGGGACACAUUCGGAGAUCAUCACAAAGACAGGCGCUUCGCUUAUGGCAGAUCAGAUGUGGUAGUGUUGUGCUUCUCUUUGGCCAAUCCGAACUCUCUGCGCCAUGUUCGCACCAUGUGGUUCCCUGAGAUUAAGCACUUCUGCCCCCGCACCCCGAUCAUCCUGGUGGGCUGCCAGCUGGACCUGCGCUAUGCUGAUCUGGAUGCUGUUAACAGGGCUCGCCGGCCUCUGGCCAAACCCAUCAAACCCACAGACAUUCUUCCCCCAGAGCGAGGCCAUGAGGUCGCUAAAGAACUUGGCGUUCCAUACUAUGAAACAAGCAUCGUCGCUCAGUUUGGCGUGAAGGAUGUGUUUGACAAUGCUAUACGUGCUGCGCUCAUCUCUCGACGCCACCUUCAGUUCUGGAAGUCCCAUCUAAAGAAGGUUCAGCGUCCCCUCCUCCAGGCCCCCUUUCUUCCUCCCAGACCACCACGACCUGUGGUGGGCAUCCCUGAUCCUCCUCCCAUUGAUGGAGAAGGUCCGGACUCUCUUUUCUGCCAACCGUUGUGUGCAGAUGUCCUGUUCCUUCUCCAAGCCGGGGCCACUCGUGUCUUUGCCCAUAAGGUGUACCUGGCCACUUCCUGCUCAAAGUUCUAUGACCUAUUCACUAUGGAUCUUGGAGUGGCAGGGAUGGAGCAAGAGAGUGAGGAGAGCUCAGAGGGGAGCGAGGAAGACGAACAGAGCCGAAGAGGAGCCAAAGAACAGGCGGGCCGUACCAAGAGCCUGGACAUUGAUAAGGAGGGUGAAGGAGGCACUAGGGGUUCAAAUAGGCUGCUCAUGUUGCAGCAAGGCUCACUGAGGACUUCACAGAGCGAUAAUGCUCUGCCUGCCAGGGGCCAGCGAUCUAUAGGACCCCUGGGAGCAGGCCGUGCUCUUUUGGGAUGGGGGCGUGGUUUCUUGGGGGUGUACCUCGAGAUGGUGGAUGACCCUGUGACAGGUCGGCCAAGACUCAUGACAGUAGUGUCAAUGGAUGAUCUCAUUCAGAAAGGGCCUUUCCAAGCAGUGCUGCAGUACCUUUAUACGGGUCACCUGGAUGAGACACGUGGGGAUCUAAUGCAGGUGGCCACCAUCGCCGAGCUUCUGGAAGUCUUCGACCUGCGUAUGAUGGUGGCCAACGUCCUGAACCGUGAAAGCUUCAUGAACCAAGAGAUCACCAAAGCCUUCCAUGUGCGUCGUGCCAACCGCAUCAAAGAGUGCCUAUGCAAGGGCACUUUUGCUGAUGUGGUGUUUCGAUUGGACGACGGAUAUCUGCCAGCCCACAAACCACUGCUCAUCUCAAGCUGUGAUUGGAUGGCAGCCAUGUUUCGUGGAUCCUUUAUGGAGAGUUACAUUGAGGAGGUCUCUAUCCCCAACACCAGUUGUGCCUGCAUGAGAGCCGUUCUGGAGUUUCUGUACUGUGGUGUGUUAACACCAUGUCCUGAACUGGAGCCAAUGGACCUUAUAAUACUAGCCAACCGCCUCUGUCUUCCCCGCCUUGUAGCUCUAACAGAGCAACAUGCCGUUGAGGAGCUGUUGCAGUUGUCCGUUAAAGGAGUGGACAUUGAUGGCCACGUGCUGGCCUAUCUGGAGAUGGCUCAGUUCCACAAUGCCAAACAGCUCUCUGCCUGGUGUCUGCAUCACAUCUGCACCAACUACAAUAGCGUUUGUCGAAAAUUCCCUAAAGACAUGAAGACUAUGUCUCCUGAAAACCAGAAACAUUUUGAGAAGCAUCGCUGGCCCCCUGUCUGGUUCCUGAAGGAGGAAGACCGCUACCUCCGUUCUCAAAAAGAGAGAGAGCGCGAGGAGGAGAUCUUACGCAAGCAACACACCAAACGGGGCUGGUGCUUCUGGAGACAUCCAUCCUCCUCAGCACCCCACAUUUCCUGAGGGUCUGCCUCCAUCCAUCCAUCCAUCCAUUCAAACCGCCGUACCCCUCUCCCUUAUCUCAGUCCAGAGGCAUGUAGCCAAGCCUGGGGAGCCCUGUUCCUGUGCAUCCAUCCCGACUGCUGGAAGCCAGUCCGGGUCUUCUUUGCCUCUGAGUUUUGGCCUUCCCUCCCCCAAGUUGGGCCUCAGCAGAGCUCAAAACGUAUGUGUUAUUAAAUGGGAGACGGCUCGGAGAAAGUCUCAAAUCUUUCUCCCUCUCGAUGUUACACGUUCUACUGUGCGAAUGUGACAGGUCUCACCGCAGCAUCACGUAGGGAAAGGCCAUCAUUGCAAUGACCUGUUUUCGCCUCUUAAGACUGUUAUUAUUACACAAGACACACACACACACACACUCUCACACCAGCACCUCGUCUGAGCGCUGGCGCCCAGACACACAGAUGCUGCAUGGUGCUGCUGUGUUGAGCUUCCCUCUGUGAGACCUAUUUCUGGGAAACCGUCAUGUUCAAUGCCUACAAGCUGAAACAUAGAUAGCUUUGAAUACAACUAGCAACUAAAAUGGCGGCAGGGAUAUCUUUUUAAAAAAGUUAAAAUAAAGGGGUUAUUUCCCUUGCCUACAUUCUCACUACAAACAAUUCUCCAUUUUGGAUCUUCCGUUGCCCCGUAUUGGCUUUGAAUACCAAUUGUGUUGCCUACUGAAGAACUGUUCUUUGGAUUGCUUGUCCUGUUACAAAAUUUUGCUCACGUGGUAAAACAGAAGGGGUGUGUAGUUCAGGUCUGUCACUCACUAAAAAACUCUAGGCCAGCACCAAAGACAGACAUACAUACAGACAACUCGUUCGAACACAAACGCCUUACCAAAAUCUGCAGAAACAAAAACUUGACAGCAAGUAAACUACAAAAUUAGGGCUAUUUUUACCACUGCCAGGAGAGUAUUAACAAUCACAGCUGUUAUAUGACGUUCUGUAGAUUGAGCUUUGUGAUAUGACCACUAGCAAGCGCCUCGACUUGCUUGCCUUUAACCUCCACCACUGGGGCCCAUGCCUUCUGAGUUUACCCUGCUUUCGAAAGUAUUAGCUACUCAUUUGUUUUCCAUCCUUCACAUCCUUGUGAAAUGCACUCGUUUUUGUAGCACUACUUCAAUCUUAGCUAUUGGCGAAACCAAAAAAGUAGGUUGCAAUGUUUGGUAUUCCUUCGCCGCUCCCCUCUGUUACUCCUCUGCUCCUCUACCUCUGCAGAAACUUAUCGAUCCGCUUCCUGUAGUGUUUGAUACGUUGCAACGUGACGCUUCACCUCGCACUUUACAUACGCAGAUAAAAUCGGUGCUCAGGAUUAACCUGCUAAACGUCACAGCGUUCAACCAUUCACCCAUUGUACCUUUAAGGGGCGGUUACACCGGACUUUGAGCGACAAAAAAAAAAAACACUGCAGUGCUGCGAACCUGCAAAUUUAAAAUUUGUGUUUGUUUCCACUAAGCUGUUAAGCUAAAGAUCUUCUAUUGGUCAAACGUCUAAUCUUGACACAAAUGUGAAGAAAGUUUGUGUUUCCAAUAUCCAGCAUUUGCAUGCGUGUGAAUGAAAAAAAAUGGAAGGGAAAUGUCGUGUGACCGCCUCUUUACACAAGUUUACCUACUUUGACAAUCUUAACAGAAUAUCCCAACACAAGCUGUGAUCAAAAGUGUAUCUUUCUUUUUUGAUUGAAAAGCUUUCAAAUUUAAACUUUGUGGUUAAACUGACAGUGAUCUGCUAACAGCUGUACUCGGUUUUCGUUUCCUCUUCCUCUUUCCAGACGUGCAUGCGUUGUGAAGUCUUGCUAGCAUCCGUUUGCUAGAGUCUGUCUCGACUGCCUUCCAUCUGAAAACAUGAGUGCCUAUGACCAUUGUUACACCUUCCCUUCUACAUUCAAGUAUUUCUCGGUGAAGCAUGUUUGUUUUGCCUGUUUCGUGCCUUUUUAACAAAAGUGUUUUUAAUAGCUACUUUGGAGGUUGGUGAGAAAUCGGGAGACAGUUUAAGUUUUCCAUGCCACCCUUUUUCUAUUUCUGGCUUUCUGAUUUCGCUUCCUCGAGGCUGCACCCUGCUUUUCGCACCAGACGAGCUGAAAUCAUCAACAGCUACAAAAAUAGACACGCAGAGCCCAUGUGCUCAGACAGGCCGAUAUGCACACAAAAAAAUAAAUAAAUCGCACACGCACAAAAAAAGAGGAAAAUGGAGAGCAGACACUGUAUGGCUGUAUGCUUCCAUUUUCACCAGUAGGUGCACUUUUGUAGGUUCAUCCCAUUAAGAUGCUUUAUUUAUAGGGGCAGACUGAUAAAUGAAUGUUUAUAGACGCCACACUAUGCCUAAAGGCUUAAUAAUUAGUAAAAUAACGAAUGUACGACCUUACUGUGUAUUUGCAGACUGGCUCUGCGAUAAAUGUCUGCCCCUGAGUGUUUAAGAAGAACAAUUCGAGAAUACUUCAAACAGCAGCAUGCUUGUUGGGAUGGAAAGUGUUGGGCUUGUUAGCACUUUUAGUUUUUUUGACUAUUUGCUUUUGCACUUUUAUUUCAGAGUUGGUCUGCCUUUGAUGUGCAUGGCAUUGACUGUUUCUAAACUAUGGCUUUUUAAAACAUUUUGUAGCAUGGAAUGGUUUCUUCCAUUAAAAAGGUGCUCCUUACGGCCCUACGUAUUUUGUGCUUACGUUAAAAAAAAAAAAAUCCUUCAUACUUACUGUAAGACUUUUAUGUCGGUACCUUGUGCUUUAAUCGAAUAUGCCUUCAUUAACUUCAAGGACAUGUGAUGUGUUUUUCUGUUGAGAUUAGAUGGUUUAGUAGAUUUCAAAUAAACAGUAUUACAGAUUGGAUUGUUUAUCCCAAAUGCAAAUUCUGUCAUUUGCUCACCCUCAUGUUUUUUGUAACAUGUUAUGUAUGAAUUUAUUUCUUCUACACAACACAAAAACAUCCAACUGAACAUUAUUGUAUGGACAAAAGCAUCCUUCAAAACAUAUUUUUAUGUUCUGUAGAAAAAAAGGUCGUGAUGGUGAGGAAAUGACUAUUUGGGUGAACAUUUGCUUUAAAUUGAGAGAUUGAUUCAGACAGUUACUAACAACAGGAAAAACAGUAUAACUGCUUGCAAAAUAUGCACUUUAGCUUCAAAUUUGAUACAAAUGAUUUUCUUUCAAUUUAACAAAUUGUAAAGUAUUUAUCGGUGCACGUUUACAGGUAAGAUGUGCAUGGGAAUGGUCUAAGCGCUAACUUGUAUGUAAUUAUAAACAACAGUAGCUUUCAUUACUAAGGAAUUAUCAUGCACUUUCAUCACGUGAAAAAACUAUUCAAAACAGCCCUCAUUACAACUUUGAAAAAAUCCAUCCAAAUCCCUUACUUACUAUAAAACAGAUACUUAAUGUUAUACUAAAUGUUAAUCAUGUUCACGUUGUGGUUGUAGUUCUAUUUAUUUGAUAACAGUACAUUAGAAACCCACUAGGUUAAAAGAAUCGCGAGAGCACUUGAGAAUUGUGGUCUAUUGUUGUGUUACCGUGCCUUUAAUUGAAAAAAAAAAAAAUCUUUCUGAAGAGAGGUCACUGCCUUUGAUCAAGGUAAUUGUAGUGCACACACACACACACACACACACACACACACACACACACACACAAACUUUAACUGACAGCCAUCAGACCACUGUAUUGCUCCUUCUGCAUGCCUGUGGCCAGCAUGUAGCAAUACCCUCUGCUCUUUGAGUGAUGUGAAAUAUUUUGAAGCUUUCCCCCUAACAUUUUAGAUGUUUUCAACAUUUUUUUUCUUCCUUUUUUGAUAGUGCUGAGCUGAGAGGAAACGUGUGCUUGUUGUGAACAGUGAUUAUAAGUAUUUGGAUGAGAGUAAACGUAAACAUGCACAUUAACAGAGUCAGAGGUACUCUAGCACCCUCUACAGUCAAAUGAAGGUCAGGGUUUUACUUUAUUUCAUAUUUUACAAGGCUAAGAGUAAUGUAAAUUGGUGUGGGACAGAGCAUAUGCUACACAAUAUUCAUUUGGAAUAUAACUUUGGUUUAGGUGUUUUUGUAAAAAUAAAUAAAAUACUAAUACCAGAGAGCAGUUAUUUUAGUAACUGUGAUUGUUUUUUUUGGUAUGAAAACACUUAAACCGGAAAGGUUAACCACAUCUUUCUGCUUGUACAAUUAAUAAUCUGACCUCAGGUCAUAGGCAGAGACCACUUCAAGCCCUUGUUAGUUUCUGUGUUAAAACAGAGGGGCUCUCCAACCAACUUCCUUUCUGUGCUUUGAAAUCCACUUUCAUCUCCGUUAAAGAAAAAGGGCCGUAUUACUGAACAACAUCUGCUAAUUAUAGUGCUAGCACUUGUGUGCCCAUUGGCAGAUGCUGUUCCUCUUUCCACUUGUGGUGAGGUGUCCUUUUUUUUUUUGUCUUCUUGAGGUGAAGCGCGUGUCGCUGACUGUUGACCCCACGCUUGACCUCUCUUCCUCGUUCAAAUCUGUGACUAUUUUAAGCUCUUUUGCACUUCAUGGUUUUCUUUUUAACAUCUUAUUUCGAUUAUUGUUUCUGAUACGUGUAAUUAUUGUUCUUGUUCUGAACCAGAAAAAGCACACACACACACACACACACACACACAACAUACACACACUACUAAGGGCUUUUAAAAUACAAAAUCAGAAUGUUUUGCUGCUGUUGCAAAAAAGAAAAAAGAAAAAAAAAGUUUUAUUGAAUCGUUUGUAAUAUUUUUGAACAACUGUGAUUUGUACAAAAUGGAGCAAAAAAGGGGUUGGAAAAAGGUUAUCUGUUUCAGUAUUUUAAUGUUUGCUUGGCUUUUAAUAAAACUUAACUGAACUCUUUGAACUCA